CUACCCUACAAGUUCGAGACGGGCAUCUCUCUCUUCGCCAAGCGCGCCCCAAGGCCAUUCCCACCGCCGUUCCUCUCGCCGCCGUCGGGCUCCUUUAGCGAUCCCUUGAGCACGCACCACCGCAGUCGCGACAGGCGGCCCAAGGUCAACGGGGAGCUGAUCAAGGGGUGGACCAACGGCGACGACGCCGUCUUUGCAAGCGAAUACUUUAUCGGCGCGAAUGAUGGCGUAGGCGCCUGGAGUGCGCGGCCCAGAGGCCAUGCUGGCCUCUGGGCCAGACUUAUUCUACACUUCUGGGCCACAGCCAUGAGCGAAGACGCUGCGCGGCCCCGCGGACCUGGCGACCCGGCUUACCGCCCAGACCCCGUCGCAUACCUCCAGCGCGCCUACGAACUGACGAAAGAGGCCACCUCCGAACCCGACUGGCAGGGGACCACGACCGUGACGGGCGCCCAGCUGUUCUACGGGGCUCCUGAGGAAAAUGACAAGGCAAAGGAAGAGGAGGAUCUCAACAUCAACAGAGGUGGCGGCGGCGUGGGCGUGGCGCCUGUGCUCUACGUGACGAACCUGGGCGACUCCCAGGUGAUGGUGGUGCGGCCGAGCUCGGGCGAGCUGGUGUUCAAGACGAGCGAGCAGUGGCACUGGUUCGACUGUCCGCGGCAGCUGGGCACCAACAGCCCCGACACCCCCCUGGAGAACGCCGUGCUGGACCGGGUGCCCAUCCGCGAAGGCGACGUCGUCCUCGCCAUGUCGGACGGCGUCAUUGAUAAUCUGUGGUCGCACGAGAUCGUCGAGAACGUCACCACCAGCAUACGGAGGUGGGAGGCCGGCGAGGGCACCGCCGCCAAGGCCAAGGUCAGGGCCAGCAGGCCCGAGUACGUCGACGGGACCGGCGAGAUGGCCUAUGUCGCUGAGGAGCUGAUGAUGGCUGCCAAGACCAUCGCCCUGGACCCCUUCGCGGAGAGCCCGUUUAUGGAACAUGCCAUCGAGGAGGGUCUGCCGAGCGAGGGAGGCAAACUAGAUGAUAUCAGUGUGGUCGCGGCGCGCUGUAUGCGAAAUAAC